AUGGGACACUACAUAACCGUUGCAACAUGUUCGCUUAACCAAUGGGCUUUAGAUUUCGAAGGGAAUUUGAAAAGAAUACUUGAAAGCAUUAGAAUUGCUAAAGAGAGAGGAGCAAAGUUGCGUGUGGGGCCGGAGCUUGAGAUAACUGGUUACGGAUGUUUUGACCAUUUUCUUGAAGGAGAUACUUAUUUACAUUCUUGGGAAGUUUUGGGUAAAAUUCUGGAAUCUGAUGAUGCUAGAAAUAUUUUACUCGACAUUGGAAUGCCAGUCGCCCACAAGAACAUAAAUUAUAAUUGUCGAGUGAUUAUUCUCAAUGGAAAAAUUCUAUUGAUCCGCCCAAAGAUGUAUCUAGCUAAUGAUGGUAAUUAUCGUGAACUCCGAUAUUUUGUGCCUUGGUCUGCGAUGCGGCAUGUCGAAGAGUAUUAUUUGCCGAGGAUGAUUAGGAAUAUAACCGGUCAGUCCAAGGUGCCGAUUGGCGAUGCCGUGAUUUCCACUAUUGAUACUUGUGUCGGAGUUGAACUGUGUGAAGAAUUGUUUACUCCUAAUAGCCCGCAUAUUAAUAUGGGAUUAGAUGGCGUAGAAAUUUUCACAAACAGUAGUGGUAGUCAUCAUGAAUUAAGAAAAUUGUAUAGAAGAAUAGAUUUGAUUAAGGAGGCGACACUCAAGAGUGGUGGAGUAUAUCUUUACUCAAAUCAACAAGGCUGCGACGGUGAUCGGCUAUACUAUGAUGGAUGCGCUUUGAUUGCGGUGAAUGGACAAAUUGUAGCGCAGGGAUCUCAAUUCUCGUUAAAAGAUGUUGAAGUUUUAACCGCAACUAUUGAUGUCGAGGAUGUACGAUCACAUCGAAGUAUCAGCAGUCGCGGAAUGCAAGCGACAAGUGUUACCGCCGCUCGUAAUAUCUCAUCUACGCCAUCUUCAUAUCCAAGAAUCGAAGCGGAUAUUGCUUUAUCUGAUUCUGGGAAAAAUUCAAAGCUUAGAUUUAUGAUGCCACCAACUAAACCGAUAAAAGAAUUUUAUCAUACACCCGAGCAAGAGAUUACAUUGGGUCCUGCUUGUUGGCUCUGGGAUUAUCUUCGUCGAUCAAAUAUGAGUGGGUAUUUCUUGCCGCUGAGUGGAGGCAUUGAUAGUUGCUCUACGGCAGUUAUCGUUUAUUCCAUGAGUCGAUUGGUUGUUGAAGCAGUUGAGAAAGGAGAUGAAAAUAUUAUUCAAGAUGUAAGAAGAAUAGUGGGAGAAUCCGAAGACUCAAUGUACAUCCCAAGGGAUCCUAAAGAGCUAACAGGUCGAAUUUUUCACACAUGUUAUAUGGGUACCGAAAAUUCAAGCAAAGAAACGCGUCAACGUGCGAAAAAAUUAGCGGAUUCUAUUGGAAGUUAUCACAUAGACCUAAACAUGGACAAUUUAGUGAGUGCGGUGCAUACACUGUUCGCAUUGGUCACCAAUAGGACUCCACGAUAUCGUGUUCAUGGUGGAUCUAAUACGGAAAAUUUGGCAUUACAAAAUAUACAGGCUAGACUUCGAAUGUUAUUAGCAUAUCUUUUCGCGCAGCUAUUACCAUGGGUACGAAAUCGAAAUGGAUCAUUGCUUGUAUUGGGAAGUGCGAAUGUAGAUGAAUGUCUGCGAGGAUACUUUACAAAAUAUGAUUGCUCCAGCGCUGAUAUUUGUCCUAUUGGGAGCAUUAGUAAAACGGAUUUACGUCGGUUUAUUGGUUAUGCGAAGGAUUGUUUCGAGUUGCCUGUAUUACAAGAAUUUCUUGAUGCACAGCCAACAGCAGAACUUGAACCUAUAACGAAUGAAUAUGUGCAAAAUGAUGAGAUUGAUAUGGGAAUGACAUAUAAAGAACUCUCGAUUUUUGGACGCCUGCGAAAAAACCAAAAAUGCGGUCCUUUCUCGAUGUUUACGAAGUUGGUGCAUGAGUGGGGUAAUGAAUUGAGACCUACUCAAAUAGCAAUAAAAGUGAAACGAUUUUUUUAUUAUUAUGCCAUCAACCGUCACAAAAUGACUACGCUCACGCCAUCGUAUCACGCAGAAUCGUAUAGCCCUGACGAUAAUCGAUUCGAUUUACGGCCGUUCUUGUAUAAUUCUGCAUGGUCAUGGCAAUUUUCGAGGGUUGAUGCAUUGACGCAGGAUAUGGAAAAUGAAUAG